AGAUUAAUAAACGACAUGGAUCAUUAGUUUGGUACCCGACGGACCCAGCUGUGCAACUCCUAUAUGCACGUGUAGCAUUUACUCCUGAUAUUAAUCACCUUGCUUCAGUGUUUUGCGGGCGGUGAAUUUCAUGAGAGGCUCCGGAGGAAAAAUGGAAAAAGAAUUGGAGGUGACGACACCAUCCAAUAGGAGAGAGAAUGAAUGAAGAGUGUAGAGACACAAAGCAAACACAGUGGAACUCUCUCCCCAAGAAACACUUUUGGAAUGGUGUUCUGAAUCUGCUUGAAAUUUUCUGCAAAUAACCUCAAUAUACUGGUUUAAAAACACAAAGGAUGACACUUUACAUGCCGUUAUUCAGAUCAUGCACAAGUUCAAGAACCAUAGCUCAACUCCACGCCCACCUCUUUGUCACCGGACUCCACAAGGACCCACUCGCUUCAACCAAACUCAUUGAGUCAUAUGCCCAAAUGGGUACCCUUAAACCUGCCCAACUCGUCUUUGAUCACUUCCCAAACCCAGAUUCUUUCAUGUGGGGUGUACUCAUCAAGUGCUGCGUAUGGAAUGGCUUAUUUGAAAAAGCCAUUUCCCUUUACAAUAAUAUGGUUUAUAGUAAUGAAACCCGUAUGACAAACUUUAUAUUUCCUUCUGUAUUAAGAGCUUGUUCUGGAUUUGGUGAUCUGGGUAUGGGCCAGAAGGUCCAUGGGAGGGUAAUUAAAUGUGGGUUUGAGUCUGAUUCUGUUGUUGAGACCUCAUUGCUUAGUAUGUACGGUGAAGCCGGUAGGUUAGACGAUGCUCGUGAGGUGUUCGAUGGAAUGUCUGUUAGAGAUGUUGUUUCGUGGAGUUCGAUUGUGUCGAGUUACGUGCAGAAUGGAGAGGCGAGUGGAGGGUUGAAAGUGUUCUGUGAGAUGAUCAUGGAAGGUCAAGAACCGGACACGGUUACUAUGCUAGGUGUGGCGGAGGCCUGUGCUGAAGUAAGAAUUUUGAGACAAGCGAAAUCGGUUCAUGGUUAUGUUUUGAGAAAGGAGAUUGAAAGUGAUGGGUCAUUGGAUAAUUCUCUCAUUGCAAUGUAUGGUAAAUGCGGCGACUUGUAUAGCGCUGAAGUGAUCUUUGACUACAUUAUUCUAAGGAGUACUUCUUCAUGGACAGUGAUGAUUACAUGCUACAAUCAGAACGGCUGCUAUCAAGAAGCAUUACGCACUUUUGUUGAGAUGCAAGAGUCCAAUGUGCAACCCAAUGAAGUGACCAUGAUGGGAAUUCUAUCUUGUUUCGCUAGGCUUGGCUGGGUUAGAGCAGGGAAAUCGGUUCAUUGUUUUGUUGUUAGAAGAGCUAUGGACACGGGCUGUGAUCUUUUGGGACCAAUGCUAAUAGAUUUGUAUGCUAACUGUGGGAAUGUUAUAUAUUGUCAGAAGAUCUUUGAUAAAACUCAAGGGAAGCAUGUCAUAUCAUGGAACAUGAUAAUAUCUGGAUAUGUUCGGGAAGGGCUUUCAAAGGAGGCCUUAAAGCUAUUUGUGCAAAUGAAGAGUCUAGGAAUAUUGCCAGACUCAUUUACUUUAGCAAGUGUUCUCUCUGCUUGUGGAGAUAUCUCUUUGUCCUGGUUUGGACAUCAGAUCCAUGGGCAUAUCAUUAAAACCAGUAUAUCAAGUGAGUUUGUGAAGAAUUCGCUGAUGGAUAUGUACUCCAAAUGUGGCUUUGUGGAUUCAGCAUUCAUGAUAUUUAACGAGGACCAAAAGAGAAGUGUAGUAACAUGGAAUUCAAUGAUCUGUGGGUUUUCUCAAAACGGUAAUUCUUUAGAAGCAAUUAGUCUCUUCGAUUAUAUGUUUUCAAAUUGCCUAGAAGUAGAUGAAGUGACCUUCUUGACUGUAAUUCAAGCUUGCUCAAAUUUAGGAUAUUUAGAAAAGGCAAAAUGGGUUCAUCAUAAGCUAAUUACAUGUGGUGUAGCAAAGGAUACAUAUAUCAAUACAGCUUUAACUGACAUGUAUGCAAAAUGCGGAGAACUUCAAAUGGCACAGAGAAUUUUCGAUACCAUGUUAGAGAGGAGUGUGGUGUCCUGGAGUGCCAUUAUAGGCGGCUAUGGAAUGCACGGAGAGAUUGGUCCUGCUAUCUCACUUUUCAAGCUGAUGGUAGGGUCAGGAAUAAAACCAAAUGAAGUUACUUUCACAAAUAUUCUAUCUGCUUGUAGUCACGCGGGAUAUGUGGAUGAAGGGAAGUCAUAUUUUAGCUCAAUGAUAAGGGACUUUGGCGUUGAUCCCACGUCUGAACAUUUCUCUUGCAUGGUUGAUCUUCUGAGUCGAGCUGGCGAUCUCGAUGGAGCAUAUAGAAUUGUUAACACAAUGCCAUUUGCUGCAGAUGCAAGCAUUUUGGGUGCUCUUCUGAACGGGUGUCGAAGUUAUAGGAGGAUGGACAUGAUUAAAAGUAUCCUAAGAGACCUUUUAAAUUUAGAGACAGAUGAUACGGGAUAUUAUACUCUUUUGUCUAAUAUCUUUGCGGAAGGAGGUGAUUGGGAUGAGUUUAGGAUGAUAAGAUCGAUGAUGACCAAUAUGGGUCUAAGGAAGGUCCAGGGGUACAGUACAAUUGAAAUUGAUAAGACAGUUCACAGAUUUGGAGCAAAUGAUAAGUAUCAUUCACAAGCAAGUGAAAUUUACACCUUACUGGAAGAUUUACAAAGCUUAAUAGGUGACUAAGACUGUAAUAAUGGAGAAAUGAAGUUCCAAUUAGUUCUAACAACUACUUUCCCAAGGAACAAGUGUUAUAGCUCAUAGCAACAUGCUAGAAAUCAUGGGUGGGAAUAUUGAGGCCGAUCUUGAAAAGUUCCUUCGCAUAUCUGAGGGCCUUCAAAUUGGCAUGGAUUCACUAUUCCUUCAAAAUGGCUGAGUGUGGGAGUCAGUGCCCCGACAUUGCUAUAGAGAUUGCAGAUUGCAGAUUUUUCUUUAUGAGACGAAGAAAGCCUGGGAAUGCUUUCCAAAUUCCUUGAGGAGUAAAUGGUUUGAAAGGGAUGACAUUUCUUGCUGCAGGAAGCAGAGAGACCCUUUUGAGGUGGCUCAACAUGGGGACGACUACUUAGGGGAGUAUCAUUGAACCCACGAGGUGGAGGAAGAUAUUUUUAGCUAGCCAAAUCAAGAAAUGUUAUUGUAAAACCUUGUUUCAAACAACAUAUAGCCCCAUAGCCCGAGUAGAAAAAGGGCAUGGCAAAUGAAGUAUUGAGGGUUAAGUCUGCUUUUGUUACUGCUAAAAAGCUAGGAUUCACGGCUACAAUGUGUGCUAUUUGGAAGCAAGGAAAUAAUAGAAUCUUUCAGUCUAAAGCAAGACCAGAGGAUAGUGGGAUCCACAGUGGCCUUUUUACUGGACAGGCAACACUUAGAGGUAAAAAGCAGGUCUGGAGAUAAGUGAGCUGCAGUAUCAUGGAAUCUACCUGAAUCUUUCCAUAGGAUCCAACUGCAUUGAGGGAAUUUUAUUUGGUUUAGAUGGUUUACCUUUCUGACCUAUGCAUAGCAGCGAAGGGAAACUAAUGGUGGGGUUGUUUGGUAGUUGUCACUUCCAUUGUUGGUGUUGGUGGUAUGUUUGUUUGAUGUCUGAAGUGUUGCUUCAGCUGGUUUCAAGGUUGCUCUGCUAUGGUGGUGCACUUCUUGGCUCUUUAUUUUUGUAAUUGCUCAGCUUAUGGCUAUUUCUGCGGGUAGUGCCGCUUACUUAUCUCAAUGUCUGCUCUCGUAUUUACGUCUUUGAUUGCCUGCAUUCUGCUGCCGUUCUGUAAUGACAGUACAGCUGCAUUAUCCUGCUGGUGUUAUUUUUUGCUGUGAGCUGUUUCUUCACUUUAAUUGGUUAACAAGUAUGGAAGGAGCUUUAUUUGGGCCAUGAAGGUGGAAGCUUUGUUCUGGAUGGAAUGAUCCUACGAGGUCUGAUUACUUGUUUCCUGAUUGUUAUGGAAAUAGGUUCGAAGUCUUUUAGCUUAUGGACUUGGCUUCGUGUAGUUGCUUUCAGGGAUGACCCUCAUCUCCCCUUUCUAGAAAGACGAUCUGACCUUUUUGCACAUUAGGUUAGGUCACCAGUGAUUCACUUGCACUUUUUUGCACAAAUGAACCCUUGAUAUUACAACAGUCGUAUGUAUAUUGAAUUUGGAUUCUGUCACAAACUUCUGUAACUUAUAUUUCAGAACUGGAGUAAAUAUCACAAAAAAAUGGGUAGCUAUAAACGAGGGCAAAAAUAAUGCAGAAGAGUAUCAAAAAAAUAAGUUGUUCUUGGAUUCUUCUUCUCUGUCUACAAGUCAUGAAUGCUGGAGCUCGCUCGCAUUCUAAGCUUUCUUCCA